CCGUUUUUUGACACGACCGAUUCGAUCGAGUUUCAUUUGUCCAUUCGACACUCAACCACUGGCCGCGCUACCAGAUUGCACGUUCGCCAUAAUAUUCUUAAUCCCGGAAAAAGAUGUAUCUCACCUGAUGACCGGAAAUUGCGUGUCCUUUGUUGGCCCGCCAAAAAUCUUUUUUUACAAAAUUAUAAAAAGUAAUUUUCGGUUUUUGAGAUUUUUUUUAGUAAACGCAUAUUUGUAAAUAGUGAAUUUCGUGCUGUGAUUUAUAUUAUAUAUAUUUUAUCAAUUUGUGAAGUGGUGGUUUCUAUAUUCCCUGUCGGAUUUAUGAAGUGAGUGUGAUGCAUGUUACGCUGGAUUAGGAGGCGAAUAUAGAAUGGAGUUGAGGUUUUCAAGAUGCUCGGUGGCUCUGCUGCUGCUGCUUCUAUUCGUUGCAGCAAAUGCUGUUCGUGGACCAGAAGUACCGGUCGACGAACCGAGGCUACCAGCACCAAGGAGCCGGGGGAGUUCGAGAUUCAAUACUCAAACUGCGAAAACAAUUGAAACCACUCUUGAUCCAAUUUCCAUUCGAAAACCAUCAAACAGACGAGGAGUAUCGAAUCAAAAAGCCAAUGGAUUUCCCACUUCUUCCAUUGUGCCGGAAAGGACAUUAAAAUCCACAAAAGUUGAAUCAAAUUCCAGAAAUCGAAAAUUCGAUCCCAAGAAAUCCAUUGAUAAAAACCGAAGUACAUCUUCCUCAAUUGAUUUAAUUAGUACAACUCCAAAAGCGAUUUUCAAUAAAAAAGGUGGAAGACAAUCAACCGGUUCAAGACAAGAAGCACCAGAAGCUGCAAAAUUUCAAAAAGUAUCUCGUCAAUCGAGUCGAAGCGUCCCAUCAGAUCAAGUGAAAAAAGCUUUUUUAGAUAAAAAUGGCCCGUCAGUUUUUUCCGCACCAGGCAACUCGAAUGAAACCAGAUCAAGAACCGGAAGAAAAAUUCAAACUGCUUUUACUCAACGCGAAUUAAGAAGUGAAAUUUCGGCUUCCAAAAGAUUUGCAUCGAGAAGAAGUGAUGAUCAUAUUGAUGAUUUGAAAUCUGAAAUUAAAAGUGAUUCUAGAACCAAAAAUGCUACGAGAAAAACUCACGAUCUUACAAAACGGGAUCCAUUACCGGCUGAAUCGGAAAAUAUUAACGUUCCUGCGAUUCUCGAGGUCACUCGCAGAUCAGCACCAUCGACUCCGUCUACCAUUUCAGAAGAGACUGAUUUUAGGAAAUCAGAUAGAGGAUCUCGUUCAAGGGGAAAAACGUCUUUUGCAGAAAAUAUCCGAACUGACGAAUCCAAUAAAAGUAAUUCAAGAAGAGGCUCUUCAAGGUCAUCAGAACAAUUAGGAACCGAACAAACGGAUUUUAAUAGACGAAAUGAGUAUAGAUUCUCCAAAGACGAGGUUGAUACCAUCAAACUGAGAAGUUCGGAAAUAAAAUCCAGAAUUAGUGAUGCAGAUUCUAGAUCCAGGGGAAGAUUUACUUCACAGGAUGCACAAGCAAAUUCUCGAGAUUCAAAAACCCCAAGCACUACUAGUGCAGUUCUCGAGAGAAGGAAUGGAGGUCGAGAUUCGAGAUCAAGAACCCAGGAAGUUGAUUCAAGAAAGCGAUCUAGAACCAGACCGAGGGUUGAACAAACAACAUUAUCACAGGACAUAGUGACAGUUUUUCCAGAAAUUACAGCUUCCUCUGGAAGAUCUGAUUCCGAUUCCGGGUUAACUGCCAAUGUUCAGACAGCAAGCUCGAAAUCAGCAACCACAGGUGCUCCGAGCAAUAGGGUCUUGUCAACAACGACCUCCUCAAGAGCUUCUAGGAGAGAAAGUGAAGGAACAACGAGAUCGAGGACGCGAACUGGUACUUCGAGGCGAACAGCCUCCAAGGAGGACUUUUACAAUCAUGGCCUUGGAUUCAGGGGCAGAAGACCAUUACCUGAUCCUUCGACGGUAUCAACUGUAGGAACAAUAACAACCACAGAAGUUCCGCAGAGAGUAACAACGAAUCCACAAGAGUCGCAGGCGAGAGGAAAUCCUGGGUGGUCAUUGCACAGGAGACCGUAUACCGGAGCUGAAUCAUCGCUGGUGACAUUGGAAGAGGAAAUCGCCACAACUUCCGCUUCAGUGAGCAAACCUCCGGGUAGAAGAGGCAAUAAAACUUUUGUAAAAACUCCUGGCGAAUCUCUUGCUUCGGUUAAACAAGAAAAUCUUGAUAACGAAAAUUAUCCUCCAGACUUUAAGGCAAAAUUAGCUCAGUUGAAAAAUUCGGGUUCAGCGUCUGCGGCAAAACCAACUCCAAACUCACCAUUGCAAGGCAACAAGAAAGCAACAACAUCACUAUUUUCCGCGAGGUCCCGAAUGAAAUUGGAAAACGCUAGGAAACUAGUGAAACCAGAGUUGCUUGAUGAGGAAACCGAUUCCAUCAACGAGAGGAAACAUUUGGAUAUUGAUGAGGAGAAAAAAUUGGAGAACAAAUUGUCUGAUCUUCACACCGAGAGUACAUUAGGCCAAGAGAGUGUCGUUAAACCGAAAUUAGCGAGACCGAAAAAAAAUCAUGAAACAAGUAAAGUACGCAAUUUUAUACCAAAAUCACGAAAUUCUACAGUGAAAGAAGAAAAAAAAACAAUUGAAAGUUCGUCAGAACGAAUAAGAAAAAAUGAAAAUUCUUCAAAAACUAGAUCAUCUUUCAAUAUACGAUCAAAAUCAAAAAUUGAAAAUCGAGUAGAGUCGAAUAAUUCCUUAGGAAGGGGGAAAUCGUUUUCUAGAAGAAAUAAGACAAGUGAAUAUUCUUCCACAACGCAGAAACCUAAAAGUACUUUGAUUCGUCAUUUAUCGAAAAAUACAAAUGAAAAUAAAUCAAAAUUAUUGCCUUCGAGAAAACCACUUCUUUCACGAUAUAGAAACGCUUCUACAGCGAAAUCAGGCUCAAAAGUCUCAUUUCAUAGGGGUACUACUCCUUCGAAUCAAAUUAAAUCAACAGAUUUUAAUACAAUUGGAGAAACUACUGAAAAUCCGGUCACAAUAAAAAACUACAUCUCUGUAACAAAAUCAGUCAGUACGACAAUUUCGGAAGAGAUAUCAACGAAGAAAUUAAGGACCAAAUUAUUUAAUGAUCUCUCCAGGAGCAGUGUCGAUGAGACACGACUUUUAAAAACGAAAAAUUUGAAAGACGAACAGACAACAGCAAAAAAUUUCCGCCCUACUAGUAGAUAUUCCAGAAAGAAGGUACAAGCUUUUAAAAUCAAUUCUGCGGCAAAUGUUAGUGUCGCCACUAGUGGCGAUGAAAAGAUGAAUAGUUCUCAGAAGAUUGAUCCACGAUCAAGAACCGCAACCUAUCGAAGACACUCGGAAGUACCUCUAAGUUUGCUGAGAUCGUCGACUGUAGAGCCAAACAGCAUUGAAAUAACACCGAAGGCAACUAGGUUUAAAGUUUCGAGUAGCCCUUCACCACAGCUGGUAACGCAGGAACCUGCGGUUAAUGUAAAGGUAUCUAAUGACUCCACUAGUGUGCAGCAGCAGUCUCUUCAGAUCCUUCAAGACGGCAAUGCAUUCACUGGAAAUAGUGGCAAUAUCUUUAGUCCCACUAAGAAUAUCCUUGUCACUGCAGGAAAUGUUUCUCUUUUAGAUCAAAUUAGAAGCACAGUGGCGCCUUUACUCGGCUCCUUGGGCGCCAGGAGUCCCAUUUUUUCCGGAAUCUACAAUAAUGCCACAAAUAUCAAUACAGCUGUCAGGAUAACGCCAAAUGGAUCUCCUCCAAGAUUUAGUGCAAGAUAUAAGGGCGCCGAACUUUUCGUAAGAAAUCCAUCAAUUUCUCAAUCUGCUGUUCCGAAGAUUACAAGCUCUACUACACCAUUUACGCCAAUCGAGAAUUCCGGGUCGUCACCACCAAUUGAAGUCUCAAGUAAUGGAGAACCUAAGGUUGUUACCUUCUAUCAGGCUUUGGAGUCGGCUUCCAUCACCGACGAACAACUUAAGACUAACUUACAGCAACUCGGACGAGUUGCCCAGGUAGACAGACUUAACGAUAACGACCCCAACGGCACGAACAGUUCUAACAAUGACAUAGAACCAAUAACAGUAGCAGUAACAACCGCUAAACCAAACUCCAUUACCCCUUCAGAUGAAAUCCCCCCAACACCCGAGGCUACCCCAACUUCUGAAACACCCACAACAAAUUUGAAAACACCAUCCACUUUUGAGACAAUCUCCUCAUCUGAGUUAAAUCCACCCCUUGCCGACGUAAGUACUUUUUUGGAUGUGAACAAUCGAAUUCAAGCCGCUACCACGACUAUAAGAAUGACAAGUGCAGAAGCCGAGGAAGUAACGAAUUUUUCUAACAUUCCUAAUUUUUCCAACAAUGAUAUUGAAGAUCUAGAAUUCAGUCCCAAUCUUGCAACCAGUACUAAUAAUCCUAUUUCAGAAGUUCAAAUAACAACAAUAAGCACUAGCCAGGAAAUUUCUACAGCUACUGAAGCAUCUUCCACUACCGAUACUAAUGUAUUUAUUGUAACCCCUGUAAAACCUGAACUUUCUGCAGAUACUGGAUUUGAAACCACAACUGCAUCUAUUUCUAACUCUUCAUUUGAAUCUACAACAGACUCUGCUUCUGAAGAUAUUAAAAAUUCUGAAUCUCAAUUCACUUCUAAUUCUGAAUCUCUCUCUGACUCUGGUUUGGAAACCAUUUCUAAUUCUACACCACAAUCUCCAACUGAAUCUCCAUUUUCUAAAUUUUUAUCUUUAAAUGAUGAAGCUCUUUAUGCUACAUCAAGUUCUAAAGCAAUUCCUGGAGAAGAAACCUUUCAAAAAUUGACAAAUUAUGAAGAGAAAAAUGAUUUUUUGGGUUCAGCUUCAACAAUAAAUCCAGCUAGGAAUUCUGCAAUAGAUAAUGGCUAUUUUUCAACUGAAAUACCUAUAUUCAAUGAUGGUAUAUUAAGUACCACGGAUAGUGUUAUUGGUAUUGAUGUUAGAGGAAAUUUUUUUGAGAAUUAUGCAUCAACAGAAGUACCACUAACAAUAACAGAAACUUCAUCAGGAGAAAUUGCAACAACAACAGGAAUGCCAUUGGCUGAAAAAUCAUUUACAGAAAUAUCGUCAUCAACAAUUGGAGUACCAUUCACAACAGAAUUAUCAUCUACAACUACGGUUCAAUCAACAACAGCAUCAUCCACUACAGAAUAUUCGACUACUACUCGAACCUCAACAACUGAAAUUCCAUUUACGACUACAACAUCAACAGAAUUGCCAACCACAUCAAGACCAUUGAUGACAUCGUCAACCACUGUAAGGACAUUGUCGACGCCAAGCUCAACAGAAUUGACAACUACAUCAUUAUCAUCAAGGCCAUUGAUGACAUCGUCAACAACUGCAAGGACAUUGUCGACGCCAACAAUCAUUCCCUCCACAUUCAUUCCAAUGGGAGGAUUUCCUCGAUUCCCUAAGUUGCAGUCUUUUUUGGAUACCCUGGCGCAGUUGGGUAAUCCAACUAUAAAAAGCCAGGUAAUGGAGAAUAUUGAGACAACUACAAUGAUUGAACCAAAUUUAUUAAACGAAUUGACAACACCGCUAGGGAUCCUAACCACUAAUUCCGCUAUACCUGCAAGAAUUAAAGAAACCGCUUAUGAUCCAAGAAGUGAUGUGACUAGUGCUCCUGCGUCAUUAAUAGAUCAAACCACUUUUAAAAGUGCUAUUACGGAAUCUAAAAAUCUAUUGAAUGUUGAUGAGAGCUUAAACGAGAAUAUCAGUCCUGCCGGACAAACGUUUCUUGAUUUUUCAUCAUCUCUGGCAAAUCAGGUCAAGCUCAACAUCGGUAAAGACGAAUUUAUGAAUAUGACUCAAUCUUGGAUCAAUGACGGUGAUAGUGAUAUACCCUUUGAUAACGAACUACUCUCGCGCCUAAUGAACGUUGCAACAAAGCUUUCCUCCAAAUCCCCAAAUGAUACGAAGCCUGUGCUAAUGUCAAAAACUCCUCAAAGUCGGGCAAAUGUAGAUAAAAUGCCUUCACUUCUAGGUGGUUUUCUUGACAAUACUGAUAGAAACCAAACUACCGAAAGAACGACUGCGGUAGAUAUUGACACGACCCUUGCGCCCAUUUCUGACACCCUUUCUCGAUUAAUUAAACAAACGCCUCGUACAGAUAAUCCUGAGACAACCAGCAUAAAUUAUCCAUCACUAAUCUUAGACUCACAGACUAAUGAUGCACCACAGACCUUUGCACCUGUAGUACCAAACGAACAAAGUAUUGAAUCACGUAGCACAAAAUCACCUCAGUUGCAAACCUCUAGUACCUUAGACUUAUAUGUAAUGUUGUCAGAUCUUGUAACUAAAGCACCCACAGCAUCAUCAGCACUGGAUAUGGGAACCCAAGAAAUCACACUAACCCCCACUUCUACCGAGCUGAUCCAAAUGGUUGAGGAAACAACUCCUAAUACGCCUUUAGAAACAACCAUUGGUUCACUCAUCACGACCCUUGAUUCUUUUUCAAAUCCAGAGACUGUUAUUCCAAAUAUGCUUACACGUUUCCAGGAUUCUUCGCCAGCAACUGCCCAAACGACGGCACGACCCAACUUGAUCACUUCAAACCUCUUGGAUUUUCCAUAUUUAUCUAGAAAUCCUACCACUCUUUCCACCAGGUUACUACCAACCAGUUUCAAUUAUAAUUUACCAACAACCACACCAUCCACAAGAUUAUUACCCACCAGUUUUGGUACCACCACUUCUUCUUUAAACAAUUUUGAAACCACUUAUUUACCUAUUGAAACAACUUCCUCUCCUCUGAACAAUAUUGGAACCACUCUUUCUCCUUCAAGUAAUGUUGGUACCACUCUACCUCCUACGAACAGUAAUGGUGGUAAUUUCCCGACAUCCACCUCCAGUCCAUCAACAACAGCAACUUUAUCAUCCUCAAAACUCUUGAGUAUUGACGCAACACCAGUGUCGAACCCUGGAGCAGCUUCAGGUCCUGCGAUGAUAACUCCGUAUGCGGGACGUUUUGGUGGAUUAAGAAUCACCCCGGCUCCAAGAUUUAGCUCUAGUUCGUCAACAACAGCUCCACUGAGGGACUACUUGAUCUAUGGAAUCUAUCCAAAUAAGACAAUAGUGCGAAAGCGACCAGAGGACAAUUUGAUUGACGCAAGGAACGUUGACAGCCCAUACGUCAUCUUUGGAAUUUAUCCUGAUGGAAGACUUGUUCGCAAGUUCCCCAAUGGAACGGUAAUACCGGAUCCUCCCAGCAACCCGGUUGAAGUUGUUUUCUCGCUUAGUACAACCACCUCUACUACUAACCGGCCAAGUCUAUCCGCAUUUACUGAUAUCCAGGCUAACCAAAGUUCCCGUAAUCAGAAUGCUGCUCUCUCUAACAGUAGUCCAGUAGCCACCUUGGAAAAGCAGAUUAGUCUCGUCGGUACCAAUGAUGUUGACAAUGGACUGUCUGGUAAUGCCAUCGACCCCAUUGGAACAACCAGCCCUGUUCCCCCAACAGUUGAUAGCGGUGUUAGCACCACUCAGACAAUGGUGAUAAAUGCACCGAAUGCAACAAGUUCAGUGCCAUCUGCAACAAGUUCGAGUUCUUCGAAUUCUAAUGUCGUCGUAGGUUCGAACGGUAGUCAGCAGGGUGGUCGGAUUAUUCAGGAUCGAGAGAGGGACGAGGCCACCAGGACGAGAGAGGCCGGAGGUCAACGCAACUCCAUGUACAUUGGACAGGAUAAAUUCAUUAAUUACUGGAUCAAUAAUCAACCCAACUCCAAUCCUCAAGUUCUUAAUGUUAAAAUUAAUUCCGUUUCCACUGCAUCAAGUCAAGGUGCCGGUAAUUCGCCAGGAAAAUUGCCAUCGUUUCACUUGUCACCAAAUAGUGGAUCAGGUAUAAUUACCGUUGCACCCAACUUUGCCUGGAAGGAUCCUUUGGAUCAAAUCUUCGGCAUCACAACUAAUUCUCCGCCCAUUUCUGCCUCUGUUGCGUCAAAUAUUUUGGAUGAUGCUAAUGCACAAAAUGCUCAAAUUUUUGCGCCGAAAUCUUCGGGAAUUUCCUCGACUUCCUCAACAAUAUCAUCUACAUCGCCUCCAUCAACAACGAUGCCAACAAAUCCAACUACUGCACUUGCAAAUGAUCCUCUAAUUACAACAACAACAGCUAAUCUAAAAUUAGUUAACACCCUAGAUGGAUCUGGAGUGAAAGAAAAUCCGUUUGGAACAACAUAUGAUGAUUUGGCUUUCCUCAAUACUCUGUUAAAUACACAGAGAUUUGGAAGAACAACUCCAAAGACUUUAACUGAAGUUGAAAAACUUUUAGCCGAUAAGAUAUUAUCCUUGGCUCUUGGAAAGGCUGGACCAACGAGAUCACCAAAAGCAAUUCAGCCAUCGAAUGCUUCCCCUAAUCUACUAAUCGAAACCGAUCCUGAUCCGGAAUAUGGUCCAGUAGUAAUUGACCUAUAUCCAAGCUCAACGACUGAGAAGUCGAAUCCCGCCACUUGGAAGCCCAUUACAUCAACAAGUCCGGUGAUAGUGAAUCCCUGGAAAACACUUUUAAAUGGCAUUGCAGCUAAUCAAAUACAUAUUUCAACUCCUAAUUCUAUUGUGGGUGUCAGCUCGAGUUUAAGAUCACUUUAUGAACAACAGACCACUGCUGCUUCGAUUCCAAAAACAACAACAUCAACUCCUCGAACAACGACAACAACAACCACAACAACUCCUCGAACAACGACAACAACGACAACUCCUCGAACAACGACGACAACAACAACUACUCAAAGGACAACAACAACAACAACAACAACAACUGAAAAACCUACAACACCAAGAUUAACGACAACAACAGGAACAACAACUACAACUGGCAAAAUUACUAUAAUUCCUAGAUUAACAUUUACAACAAUUCCUAUUUCAACAACAACUAUUAAAAGUCCAACAAGGCAAUUGGAAAUAACAACAAAACCUUUUCGACCGAGGACAACGACGGCAGCUCCACGGUGGGGUUUUGGAUCGAAUUUAUUGAGGGUACUUUUUGGAGGUAACAUUUUCGGAACUCCAACAACACCGGCACCCAUGCGAAACAAAAAACCAGUCAGACCAUUAACGACUGCGAUACCUGUCACAAGUACCCAAAGGUUUGAGCCGACGUCUAAAAAUAUGGCUUCGAAUAGUCAAGUACUCUUGUCGACUCAGGAUGCUAUUCAAGUGACCCCUCAUGUUAGGGUCACGAAGGAGCAACCGAGCGUAAACUUGAAAGCUGUAAGUAGCUCAGCUGUUGGAGUUAAUGAAGGGAAUUUAAAAUUAACACAAAGCUCCACUUUUUCACCCGAGGAAGACGCCAAAUUCUUGAUGUCUCUCUUGAAUGUAGCUCAAAGUAUGGGAUCAUCGACCCUUUCUCCAAUGGGGGAAGUUUCUAAGGACGAUGAAGCAUUCUUGAGGGCAAUUUUGAACGGUCAGGCGAGUGUUCAACCAUCUUCUAAGGGAGAAAAUGUUAAAAGCGAUGCUGCAUUAUUGGCUGCAUUGCUCAAAGAUGAGGGUAUCGGACCUUACAGUCCACCUAACCAACUGAGAGAACAACUUUUCUCCGCUGGCCUUGAAAAACAUAGAGACGCACAAAUUUCAACCACCACGGCACCUACCACCACCAUCACCAUGAAAACCACCACGAGAUCAAGGCCUGCGGCUCCAACGUGGAAACCGUCCUCAACAUAUCCGCCACCAUUAUUUGGUGGAUUUAAUUUUGCGGGAUCUUCAGAUUCGUUCAGAGGCGAUUCUACUUCAAAUGAUAACGUUCGAAGUCAAGUUGUAAAUGCUGCCAUUGGUGUUACCAGAGCUUUCAGUCAAUUUCUCGGCGGUGCCAUUAUGGGUGCAGCUAAACAACUACAGUCCUUCGUGGGAAACGGAACGAGACCGUUUUUCUCUUAAGUGAAAGUGAUAUUGAUUGAAAUUUAUUUAAUUUAGAGUAUGAAAAUCAUAGUUUUAGCUCCAUUGGUUGCGUUAGAUAUUUUAAUAUAUAUGUAUGUAUAUAUAUAUAUAAAAUCUCCAGUGAUAUUUCUUCAAAGAUAGUACAAUAUUUUUCAAAAAGUUUAAAAUAUAAAAUUUAUAAUUUUUCCUAAAGAUUUCAUGAAAAAUUUGCUGUACAAACUUUUCUAAAAAUAUUGUAAUGUCUUCAUUUUUCGAGAAAAUAAAGCAUUAAGAAAGCAAUUAUCACAAAAUGAUCAAAACAUAGGAACAAAAAGUAUAAAAAAUAUUUUAAGAAAACUAACAAUGAAUCAGAACAAAAUAAGUUAAUUACCUCAAUUAAAUAACUUAAUUUAAAUUAAUUUAAUUCGAUUACUCAAAUUUAAUUUAUCCAAUUUAAUAAGUUUAAAUAAUAUGAUUUACUUCAAUUUAAAUUUAACAGCAGUUGUAGUAACCUCACGUUACACAAGUUAUAAAGGAUUUCCUUAUAAGAUUCACUAUUUUAAAAUUGUACAUUGCGAUAAAAUUUUAAAAAUAAUAAUUUUUUCCGAGUGAGAUCUUACCUAUACCAGCCAUCGUCAUGUCAAUUAAGGUGCCAGAGCAAGAUGAAAGCUUGUUUUGUAAAUUGUCCACAAAGAAAAAGCUCUUUCCUUAUGCGUACCGCAUAUUUUUGCAACGAAUGCAUGGAAACGAAAACCGAUUAAGGAUGCAUGACGAGAGUCAGUCCUUUAAUGAAAGAAAAGCGAUGAAAAUAAGUAUAACAUUCAAUUAUUGUUUUUCUCGUGAGAUUCUCGGUUUUUCGAGACACGAAGUGGAUCACUAAAAUCGAUAUGGUAUCGAAUAAUUAUAGAAGUUUGAAGCGUAGCAGAGGGGGUUUAAGCAUAUUAAACCACUUAAUUAAAAAACUCGAUUAGAAAUAUUAAAUAUACAAGAAAGUAAUACAUGAAGCAAACUCUACCAUGAAGAAAUGCUGUGCGAGAACAUAAUAAAACUUUUCGCCACUGUUUAGAAAUUAUACACUUGCUUAAUAAUUUUUGUGUAUGGAAUGUAACGUUUUCCAUUCAUAUGUUAUGAGAAAUAAUUUUUUAUGUAUUUAUCAAUGUCGCAUUAUGUUUACAUGAAAGGAGAAGUCCUUUAUACCGGUGUAAUAAGGUAAUUAUUUUUAACCUGUGUGACGUACAAUCAAUUUCAUUACAUUCAAUUACUAUAAAAAAAUACUUAAUGUAGGUACUUUCUUAAUAAUUGAAUUAAUCAUAAAAAAUAGGCGCUUGAAAUGUUUAAGAAAUUUUCAGAAUAUUACAAAUGGAAGUGAAAUAAUAAUGCUCAAUGUUAGGUGUUUGGUGCUCAGUGAACUUCUACCAAGAAUGAGUAAUUUAUCAAUAAAUAUUUUACUGCAAUUUUGUAAAAUAAAGUGUAAAUUUUGCAAUAGUCUCUGGAUUAUAAUUUUCAAAAUUUAUAUUAAAAUAAUCCAUGAAACUAUUGCAAAUUUACUUGUAAUAAAUGUAAUUAUAAAAAGUAUUGUAAUUUCAUCGAAGCGCUAUAAUUUUUUUUAAAUAAUAAUAAUAUUAUUCAAAAUUGAAGAUUAUAUUGUCUAUGAUGAAAUGUUAUUUAUGGAAGAAAAUCGAACUUCUAACUUAUUUUAAGUAUUGUAUAGCGGAGUGAUUAUAGUCU